AUGUCUGAUGAAGAAGGCGAAGUGAUUAGGGAUAAGCAAAUUAAAGUAGUACUCUUAGGCGAUGGUACUGCGGGAAAGACAUCGAUCGCAUCUAGAUAUGCUCAAGGUGGUUAUAAUAGAGAAUACCGUCAAACUGUCGGGCUUGAUUUUUUUCUAAGGAGGAUAGUAUUGCCCGGUGAUGUUCAUGUAGCAAUGCAAGUUUGGGAUAUUGGUGGUCAAACAUUAGGUGGCAAGAUGGUUAAUAAAUAUAUUUACGGCGCUAAGGCUGUUCUCUUAAUUUAUGAUAUUACCAAUCCUAAUUCAUUUGAAAAUUUAGAGGAUUGGUAUUCUCUUGUUCGGAAUAUGUUUAAAUCAGAAAAAAUUCCUCAUAUAGCAAUAGUCGCCAAUAAAAUGGAUUUAGAACAUAUGAGAGCAGUAAAGCAGGAAAAACAUACUAAAUUUGCUCAAGAACACGGAUUUUCCAGCCAUUUCAUUUCGGCAAAAACAGCUGAUCAGGUUGAGACUUGUUUUCAGCGAGUCGCAGCUGAGGUUUUAGGGAUAAAGUUAUCAAAGCCGGAAAUAGAAGAAACUUCGCGAGUAGUAAAGGCCGAAAUUGUCAAGUAUGAUGGUGAAUCAUUGGCUAAUGCUAUGCCACCAGUCAAACAACGAAGUAUGGCUUGUACGAUUCAGUGA